GUAAACACAAACACGUUGAAGAUGGAUCACUCAGAGCAGAACGAAACUUCAGACAAGAAAAGAGUAACCAAGACGGAUAUUUUACGGGACUUUCAAGUGUCUUUUUUCGCUAUGAGUCGCCUGGUUUCGUUUCCAUGGACAUUUUUAGAAAAAGACCUGGCAAGCAACAAAUCAUCAGACUUGAUUUCAGACAUCUUGAAACAGACGUGUCUUCACUCUCUGUGCCGGAAGUUUCCGCCAUCAGUCAGAUUCAGGAGGCUGUUCCUCUCUGAGCUCAUCAGACGGCAGGAGGCUGCAGGCUGCGAUCCUCUGGACGAGCUGUACGACGCUCUGGCUGAGGUGGUGGGAGCCGAAGACACGACUGAGUGCUACAAGAGCUACUUACUGCCCAGCGGUGAUGCUGUCAGCCUGUUGGAAAGCGUAGCUCUGAUCUCAGAGGGCACUACUGGUCUGGUGACCUGGGAGGCUGCUCUCUACCUGGCAGAGUGGGCUCUGGAUCACCGGCAGACCUUCACUGGCAGGACGGUGCUGGAGCUGGGCAGCGGCGUGGGGUUGACCGGCAUCACCAUUUGUCGCUCCUGCCGCCCGAACAGAUUCGUCUUCAGCGACUGUCACCGCGGCGUCCUGCAGAAGCUGAGAACCAACGUCCAGCUGAACGGCCUGACUGACCGGACGUCUCCGGCCGUCAGCGUGGAGGAGGUGGACUGGACGGCGGCAACGGAGGAACAGCUGAAACGGAUCGGGGCGGACACCGUCAUUGCUGCAGAUGUGGUUUAUGACCCCGACAUCGUGGGAAGUCUGGUGCAGCUGCUGUCCAGGAUCCUGAGCUGUUCGUCUCCUGGAGUCCUCCCUGAGGUCCUCAUCUGCUCCACCAUCAGAAACCCGGAGACUUACAGCGGCUUCAAGCUGCAGCUCGGUGAAUGACAGCAUGCAGCUCCGUCUAAAUGUGCGGCGGUCUUACCCAAAAACCCGACAAAAGUAACGUUAUAUCCGUGUUUGCUGAGGGACAAGGCGUGAUACUGCAUCCGAGGACUGCGACCGAUGUCCCCGAGCACCAGCACACACACCCGCCGGUCCGUCCCGCCGUCCCGCCGCCGCAACCUCCGCAACCACAGCGACACCAGUCCGGUUACAACCGUCAGAGACACCGCCGGCCAUGUUACAUUUGAACCUGUGGCAUAAAACCCGAUUAAAAGCGCCGCAAUUAGCGUAAGUACAGUGAGAUAAGCCGGCCAGGCGCAGUACGUCGCCAUGUUUGUUUGUCACUAAUGAUGACGUGUCUCAAUGAAGGAGGAGGAGCUUCAGAUUUAAAGGGACCGUACACACGAUGAUGCGUUCAGGUCCGACAAAGGAAAAAGAAGAGUAAUCGCAACACAAAGAUGUAAUCAGUGUAACAGACUGAUUCUACUAUUCUGUUCUUUUUUAAGUUGUUCAUUUUGAAAAUGUCGUCAAUUUUUUUAUUUCGGAAUUUUUACCUUUAUUAUUUCUCAUGCUUUAUCAUGCUUUUUGUUUAAAUGAAAAAAAUGUUUGGUUUCUUUGAACAGGAAUGAUGAGGUCAUGUGGGAUUUUGGUUGUGUUGCUGACCGUCUGCCUUUAUGUUUGCAGUUGUUUUAGUUUUUAGUUUUAUAUUUCAGUAUAUUUAUAAUUUGUUGUAUAAUUCUGAAUCUGCAAGUUCAAUAUGAUGUUAACUUUAUGCUAUAUGUUAUUGUACACAUCUGUGUGCAUGUUGUGUUUUUAAAUGUGUUUCAAAUAAGCUUUACUCAAAUAUGCAGAACAGGGGAUAUCGGCAAUGUAAUUAUAACAUGAGGCAUAAGCAUAAAAUAUGUCAAAUGAAUCAUAAUAACAGAUACUGAAGAGUUAACAAAGAUUCUCCACAUCAAUUGAAAAAAAAAAUAGAAACUUUUAGUUGUUAUUAGAAACAAACUAAUUCAGGAGUAAAGACAGUCCUGGUCUCUGCUACCCGGGGGUGCAACAAAGACGGAUGUUUCUCUCUGGGUCCCAAUGUGGGGGCCGGGACCCUCCUCAGUGGUCACAAGAUAAAUCUUAGUGGUCAAGAGACAACUAUUUGGACUUGAAAGAAGCAAAAACAAGUUUGGAU